AUGGCGCGCCCUUCUCGAUUCAACCAACCCACCAACAAUGACCAAACACCUGCUCAAAGGCCCCCAUCAAAUCCAGCAGCCUCAACUUCUCGAGUUAACACGGACUCGGAAAACCAGAAUCCACAACCAAAUCCAACUGCCGGUCCAUCUCAACCUCAGCCAUCAACCUCAGGAGUCACAGGGCCUACUUCUGCCUUGACAUCUUUCUUAAAAGAACAAGGGAUUCGGGCCAGGAAUGUUAACAGGUUCACUCCUCUCCGCCAGCAAGCCUCGACUUCUACCGCAGAACCGGCGAUCCCAGAAGUGGCUGAAGAGACCCCGGAUGGUCCAAGUGACCCGGAGCCAGAUUCAGAUGACUUGGACGACAAACCUGCGAAGAAGCAGAAACAGAAACUCGCCCAAACAAAUCAACCAUCUACCACUUCUAAAGCAGAAGCCUCAUCCUCCAAGAAGAAACCUGAAGAACCCGAACCAUCGAAGCCCAAACCAGGGAAAUAUGCCGAUCGAAAACCAGGCUUGAUCACGACUUGCGCCGAAUGCGGGAAGCGGUUUACGGUCACCCGUUAUACCGUUAGUGCGCCCGGUCAACAGGGCCAACUCUGUGAUGGCUGCACCCAGGAGCUCGCUAAGAAUCCCAAGUCUCGUUCCAACGAUAACCAUCUACCUGUCCCUGCCCCUAAGAAACGCAAGACGACCAAAAACCAAGUCGUCAGACAACCUUGGUCUGAAAACUCAAUACAGACUCUACAAAUGGCAUGUAUCAACCUCAUCGCUCGGAACACUCAAUCCGUUGAAGAACUUGGAAACAUAGGCAGUGUCAACCUCGAAAAGAUUUGCCAGAUCGUCUGCAAACAUCGCGAAUUAACCCCUUCGAAUCUUUCCUUGUUUGUCGAUGCAGCUUACUGUGAUUUGAAGCUGUUUGAUUGCAUUAAUUUACGCGAAUCACACUUGAAAAGCAUUGCAUAUUUUUGUCCUCAACUGGAAAAAUUGACCUUAAACCUAUGUGGCCACAUGACUGGAGAAGUGUUACAGACCUAUGUGGAGCGACUAUCCAAGCUACGCGAGCUCGAGCUAUUUGGACCGUAUCUAAUUCGGAAGCACGAAUGGCUGAAGGCGGGCAAAGAAAUCGAGUUGAUCCAAGCGCCUCAAAUCGAAGGCUUUCGAUUGAAACAGUCUCCUCGCUUCGAUCUUGAAUGUGUCAAGGCUCUUGUCAGUUCGUGCACGAACUUGACCUCUUUAAGGCUGAUCGAUAUCGGCCUCUUGGACGAUAAGACCUUGGACGUCAUUGCUCAGGCCGGCUUGACCAAACUGAGAGACUUGUCCAUCGCUAAUGCUGGGAUCCACAAUGGCGCAACAGGCGAAGCCUUGACAGAUGCUGGAGUGAUAGGUCUCUUGGAAUCUAUCGGAGGAACGGUAGAACGAUUAGAUAUCAGUCAAAAUAAGAAAUUGACCGAUGAAGUCUUAGUUGGCAUCUCCAAAUGCUGUUCUAAAUUAACUUAUCUUGACCUGAAUGGGUUGAAAGAAGUUACUACAAAGGGAAUCCAAGGAUUGUUUGCUCAAUUCAAAGAGAAUGAGGUCUCUGGACUCAAACAUUUAGACGUAUCUCGGUGUAUCAAGAUUGGGAAUGAAGCGCUUUAUUCAAUCCUCGACCAUUCGGCACGCACUUUACAGUAUCUGAACUUGAACAGUGUCGAUGAACUGCGUGCAGAAGCUCUGGAGAGACUAGCUAAGGAGACCAUCCAUCUCGAAUACUUGGAUGUCAGUUUUGUCAGAGAUGUUGAUGAUUUUAUUAUCAAAUCUUUGUUGGAUCACAUGAAGCACCUUAAAAGCUUGUCCGUGUAUGGUAACAAUCGGGUCUCAGAUCUUUGUCCAAUGAAGAAAGGGGUUGUGAUCAAAGGGCAAGAACGGUCGAUCGUCGUCACUUAA